GUUUACAGCGAGAACAGUCAAAAUCCAUCGGGAACACCCGAAGGCAUUCAAUUAGAUGCCUUGCCGGAUCAUCCACCACAGCAUUCAAUGCGCAUGUUCAGGGAGGCGGUCCCUGUUGAACAGCUCAUCGGGACAGAGCUUCCGCCUCCUGCUGUUGUCGAGUGCCUGCUCGAAAGCUUCUCGGCGUCUGUGGCUUGGUACCUGUCUUUUUUCCAUGAGCCGUCUCUGCGCGCGCGGCUGCAAGGCAUUACUGAUGCGGGACGAGCAAGAACUGAAGACACGUCUUUUCUACUGCUGGUGCUUGUCGUCCUCGCCAUUGGCGCCCAAUACAUCACAGCCGAGCAGAAGUGGCGGCACUUUGGGUUCGAGUUUGACACGACCAAUAUGCAGGAUCGUCUUAUUGGAAUUGUUGAGACCAAGCUACUCAUUGUAUUGGAUGAAUCAAGCACGUCCUCGGUAUCGCUGUUCAACCUGCUUGGAUCGUACUACAUAUUCAACCGUAAAACAAGACGGGGCUUCACAUUCAUAGGAGCUGCAGUGCGAGUAGCUCAAAUGAUGGACUUGCAUAACGAAUCGACUUGGGGCGAAGUCGAUUCCACCGAGAGGCAAGCCCGCAGACAUGCUUGGUGGACUCUUUAUACCAGUGACAGGUUCACAGCGCAAGUCUUUGGUCGGCCGGCCGCUAUCCAGGACAUUGACAUGCAUGUUCACUACAAUGCAACCGACGACCAAGGCGACGACGCACAACGUGGUGGUGAAGACGACGAAGCUCAUGAUGACGCGCAAAGACUUGUUGAUAGGGAGAUGUAUCAAGUGUAUAAAGCCAAGCUUUAUCAGAUAGCAACACCCCUUACUAGAGGCAUGCAGCCCUCCAAGGGUCAAGCUACGAAUGAUUUAAUUCAACAAGUCCAGGGUGUGCAUCAGCAACUGCUUGAAUGGGAGAAGAGUCUACCGCCUAAGCUGAGGUUGCAGUCAUUCGAGGAGACCCAAUUUAGCUACUCCAAAGACUCGCCUUUAUCGACUCUGAACCUCCAGGCUCUAGCACUUCAAGUCUCCUACGACAACAUGCAACUGCUGUUACACCGACCUGUGGUUAUUAGCAGACACUUGGGCAAACCAACCGGGACAGCCCACGGGCCAACAGAUGAAGACUUCAUCUUGACAUCAAGGCGCCAAUGUUGGUCGUCCGCACUCCGCAUGUCUUACCUUGUUAAGCACAAAGCGGCUCUGGAGUUCGCUAACAAUACACCAAUGGGAGCACAUAUCGGUAUGCACGGCUUUGCUGCUGGCGUUAUGCUGGCUGUCUUCGCACUUCUCAGUCCCGUGUCGAAUCAAGCCCAGGAGGCAAAACAAGGUCUGAGCCGGCUGCUCGAUAUCCUUACCUCGAGUCAGUCGUGGAAUCCCGUCCUCACCCAGAGCGCAGCGAUCCUCAAGGAUCUACUGAGACUCAUUAUGGAGAAGGAACUCAAGCUUUUGGUAGAGCCGAACCAUGACCGCGUAGGAAGCAAGUUGCCCGAGAGGGGUGCAGCUGCCAGCCAUGGUUUGCCCCAAACGAGCAUGCCGCGGGACCAGCUCGGGGCUGGCCCUAGUCAUCAUGGCCCGGUAACCCUAUCCUCACCUCCGUCAUUCUCCUCCUACCCUCAUGAUUUUGGGGAUUGCUUUGCUUUCUUAGCGAAUGGCUCAUUCGACGAGGCAAUGACUUCCUUUCAAGAUGUCUUCCUCGGCGAUGGAACGUCUAUUCUAGGCCAUGAGUUAAAUUGUGAAGCUGAUUCAACAUGGGCCAGCUAA